UAAUCCCGUGAUAACAAACAGGGACGCUCUGACAGCAGUCUGAAAUAAACAGAAACACAAAAGCAGCUUGUUUCUGUUUGACAAAGUCACCUGAACAUCCUGCUGUUAGUCCGCGUGCAAUGGCUCGCCUCGGCUUUCACUGACAGUAGUGAGCUCCUAGCCUCUGUGGUCCCUACCUUCCUGUCAGCCGCCUCCUAAAAGGCUUCAACAUGCUGCGAGAGAGCUCCAAGGCGUGGAGCAACGGCUCUGAGGCCUACAGCAGCGAUCCAGAGGAGGACGAGGAGGAGGAAGAGGAGAUGGUGUUCGGGGAGAGCGAUCAGGACGGCGUGGCGGAGGAGAUGAUGGACCUGAGCGACCUCCCCACGGCGCUGUUUGCAUGCAGCGUCCAUGAAGCGGUGUUCGAAGAAGACGUACACAGGGAAAGGUUCGAGGCAUUGUUCAGGAUCUACGAUGAGCAGACGUCUUUCCAGAUGUUCAAAAGCUUCCGGAGAGUCCGGAUCAACUUCAGCACCCCAGAGGCCGCUGCCCGCGCUCGCAUCGAGCUGCACGAGACCGAGUUCAACGGCAAGAAGCUCAAACUCUACUUUGCCCAAGUCCAGAAUGGUGAUGAGGACAUCGACAAGUCGUACCUGGCCCCUCCCCAGCCCGUCAAACAGUUCCUGAUCUCGCCCCCUGCCUCGCCACCUGUGGGCUGGAGCCAGAGCGAAGACGCCACACCCGUCAUCAACUACGACCUGCUGUGUGCAGUAGCCAAGCUGGGCCCUGGUGAAAAGUACGAGCUCCACGCGGGGACAGAGUCCACCCCCAGCGUGGUCGUCCACGUGUGCGAGAGUGAGACGGAGGAGGACGAGGCGGUGCGGCCAAAGCAGCAGAUCGUCCAGACCAGACGUCCCGACGGACCCCCCAAAGUCUUCAACUAAAGAGGCCUCCCCCCCGGCACCGGUGCGGCCCCCGACCGCCCCUUAAACCCGCAAAACACACCUGCCCUCUCUCUCUCGUCUCUGCACUCACAGAGAGCGUCGAUGCCCCUCAUUUCAGUUCAACUACAAGCAAAAACAAACCAACAAACAUUGCUCGAAGACGGUGUUUGUGGGGAGCGUGGCGAUGGAAUGAGGCGGCUUGAAGGGGAUGGAUGAGAAUCACACACACACUCAUCACAUUCUGCGGACAGCGUGGGGAGCGGUGGGCACGCUUGCCUCCACCCCACAAACCUUCCCCUUGUUUUCAGCAAGAGGGGUGGAAAUACCUGUCCCAACGCAGGCACCUGUCACUUAUCACACACACUCAGCUCUCAUUGCUAGUCCUGCUCCGUAGCUUGCUAGUCAGUUAGCUUGUUAGCUUGUACCUCUCCCUCUCACAUGUGUCGUGUGUUCAAUAAUCUUUGGUUAAACAAAGACAUUUCUUCUUCUUCUUCUUCUUUUUUUUUUUUUUACAAUAAAUUGUGUUUUCAUAUUAUAUAUAUAAAUAUAUACAUGUCUAUUUUUUCUUCUUUUUCAUCCAUUUUCAUAUCUGCUGGUUUGUCGCUUCAGCUUGCAUCAAGAUUGAGUGUGUGAUGUUCCCGCUCUUGUCUGCAUGUAUAUACUGUAAUACAAAAAAAAAAAAUACGUACAGAAACACAAAUACUAACAAGAUAUAUCAAGAAAAAGGAACCUAUUUAACAUCACACACAGCACGAAGCGUCAUAUGUGACUAACAAAGUUGUGGUGGCUGUUUGACUUUUAUGAUUUACUUUCGCUCGUUUUUGUCUUUUUUUAUUUGGAGAGGUGUUGUUUUUUGCUAAACUACUAGAUGUGUAUUCUUACUAUGUAUUUGAUACCCCGACACUUUUUGCAUGCUUAGUUACUUCUGUAGAUGAGGAGCUGAGGUGUUUUUUUUUUUAAUUGUUGUUUGUGAUGACAGGGAAACAGUGUGACGCUUUUGACACAAGUGCAUAUCCCCGCGCAGAGUAUAAAGUGACGUCUUAGGGGGGGAAGAUAAAGCUGAAUGCUUUUGUUUCUUUUGUAAGAUUGACAGCUCAGUCUGCAACUUGAUGGCAAAUUUGCAUUUGUCGCUUUUGUUGUGAUUUGAUGGAUAAGAGACAGUUCAUCCCCUUCAUUCUCUUCAAGGGGUUUUUGGGAUGUGGAUUUUUUUUCUUUCUUUCUUCUGAUUCUGUUUGUUGUAACUCAUGUCUUUAAUGUCUUGGUUAUGUUGUUUGAUCAAACCCACUUUCUAUGUGUCAGGUUUUCUUCUGAAACCUACUACUGCUUGUUUUGCACUGAGUUAUCUCUUGAUAUCUCGAAGCAGUUGCGGGGCUUUCGACCGUCUCCUGCUGCGCACCAGAAUACUGCGCUGCUUUCUUGCUGUAAAUAGCUGAGCGGUAGAUUUGUGGAAAAAUAGUCUUUUAGAUUUUGUAGUUUACCCGAAAGCAUUUCGCUGAGAAAAGGGAAAAUUAGGUAGCCUCAUGAGAUAUCAACCAAAGCAUAAACUCACCCCAUGUUGUCAUGAUUAUGUAAUUUUUCUUACUCAGAGACACUGAUGUAUAUUGUUAAAUUGAAAGAAAUCAUAUUUUCCCAACACAGCAUUAUUUUAUUUUUGCAGUAUCUAGUUUAGUGGGGAGAUGAACAAUCACUAACAAUCAUAAAUAUUUUUCCUUUUGGUUAAGUCUCCCCACAGUCCCGAAUCAUAUCAGUGUUCCAAUUCCUCAUUUAACGGCAUUUCAGUGCUUUCAAAGCAACAUGAACAAAUGUUCCUAACAGGGCUUUUGGGUGUCAGCGGUGAGUCUAAACCUUAUUUGUCAUUUGGUGGCAUGGAAUCUAAAAACUUUUUUUGCUAUAUUACAAUAUAAGUAAGCAAAAGAAAAGUCCGUCUGCAUGUGAGCACUUUAUCAGUGUUUUGUUUGUUUCCGUCACAUAAAAUAGUCCUUCUUGAGACAAAGUAGGAAGCACAUUGCAUUUCUUCUCUGUUUCUUUCUUGUGUUUUUUGUUUUCUUUUAUCUCAAGCUGAACACCUGGUUAGCCUUUUCACCAGCAUAUUGCAGUGAGUGAAACACUCCACUUCCUUUUUGCUAGUGUGAACCUUGGAGAAUUUCAGGCCUUUUUUGGAUCAAUGGGAGUGUACCACUGUAAAGGUGUAGACAUGCAGUACAGAUGUAGGUUUUAAAUGAGGCAGGAUGACACCGCAGAGCAAAAUCAAUGUCUUUGUUUUACAUGUUUGUCUGCGAGAAACAUUCAUCUUUGCUGAGGAAGUUAAACGGUUCUUUGAAAUGUUGGCAGAGUGCAGUUUUAUUGGCGCUAUGGUAAAGCUGUCGCGGUUAUCUAAGCAGACAGCAGAUUGGUGGAACCGCUGAGGUACAUUGUGAUAAUGAGGAAGCAGCAGAGCAGGAGGAAGACACUCGUGAUGAUUUUUUUACUCUCUGUGGUCAUGGUGUUUAAAACCGGGUGCAUUUUGGUCACAGUUGAAAUGAAAUUGUAUAUUUAUGUACAUAUGCCAAGUGGGUUUUUUUUCUUUUGUUGCUGAGGCCAGUCCCAGUGUGCAGUUUGUUACGGCUUCUCUUGGCAAUGUUGUAAUGGAAAAAAAAAAAAAAAAAGCAUACAAAAAUGUGUAACAAUAAGUCCUGAAGAUGCUCGAUCAAAAACCAACUGUCAUUGUGUUGUGUUCAACAUGGACUCUGUUUGAAUGUUUCUUAUUUCUGGGGAACGUCUACUAAAAAGGUCAAUAAUA